ACUAAAGUAUGCACGAGCCAAUGAAGACUUUGAAAAACAUCCAUGCCGAAAUUCGAAUUUGUCAAAAGUUUCCUAAAUCAACAGUUCAAAAGAGGUUUUCCGAAUUCGAAGAACUAAUUAAAGCAGCCUCGAAAAACGCGAGAAACUGGAAGCCAAUUUCGUCUGUCGAACUGUUUCAAGGGGAUUCGUCACUCAAUGAAUUGUUCGAAAAACUAGUUAUUGGAACUUGUGAACUCAGAGAUGGGGAACUUUUUGAAAACGUCAAUGAUUUAACAAUCAAUCCUUCGAAUAUUCAUGUCUACAAGCUUCAUAAGGACGGACCACUAUCGCAAAAUAUCGGUGACGAUGAUGGAGAUGAAAGCAUCAUUGGAUCUCAAUUAUGGCAGCUCCCAUGUGUUGAGUUCGAUUCCAUUUGGGAGAAUCUAAUUUAUGAUUCAAAUCUUAAAAAUGAAGUUAUGUCUUACGUAGCAGCUUUGGCAAGACUUUCGGAGAAACACGUAAACACAAAAAUCAUCAAUGUGAAUCGACUAAUUCUUUUAACUGGACCACCAGGAACAGGGAAAACUUCUUUAUGCAAAGGACUUGCCCAGCAUUUAUCAAUUCGAAUGAACGAUAAAUAUUCAAAAUCUGUAAUGUUGGAAAUCAAUAGUCAUAGCCUGUUUUCAAAAUGGUUCUCAGAAAGUGGAAAACUCGUUCAAAAAAUGUUCGAUCAAAUUGAUGAACUAGCUGAAGAUGAGAAGUGCAUGGUUUUUGUUCUUAUCGACGAGGUUGAAUCGCUCGGAAUGUGUCGUGAAUCCUCAUCAUCUCGUUCUGAACCAUCGGACGCCAUUCGAGCAGUCAACGCCCUUCUCACUCAAAUUGAUAGAAUCAGGAGACGUGAUAACGUACUUAUUCUGUGUACGUCGAACCUGGAAUCAACUCUGGAUAAAGCUCUCGUUGAUCGAGCCGACAUUGUAAAAAAUGUCGGGCAGCCUUCGGACUUUGCACGAUAUUCUAUGCUGAAAUCAUCAAUUAUGGAAUUGGCCCGGAUUGGUGUUGUUAUUGAUAAUGAAGUUCACACUGAUUAUUGGCCACAAGAUAUUUGUGAUACGAAAGCACCAAGAAAUGAGUUUACCGAGAUUCUUUUUAAAAUCGCCCAAGAAGCGCGUGGACUCUCUGGACGAGCAAUAUCCAUGCUUCCUACACUGGUUUAUUCAAAAAGUCCGGAAGAAACUAUCACACUGCCGAAUUGCAUGAAUCUCUUUCUCGAGGCUGUAAAAGAGCGUCUGAGUAGAAAUAAUUAAAUUUUAUGCGUUGUUUUUUGUCAUUCUCGAAAUGAAGGAUUAAAAAUUUAUAAUUGAAAGACUUAAAAAUUGGAUGAAUAAAUAAAGUUGCGAC